CCUCCUCUGACCCUUUCCAGCUUACUCCCUCCCUCUCUCUUUCCUUACCCCUCUCAACUUCUUCCUCUUUCUGUCAUUUCCAGGUUUCCACUGGGUCACUGCAGACACUAUGCUCUCUCUCAGCUCUCUCCCCAGCACUGUUGUCCCCAGCCUUCCCUCCUCUCCAAGGGGCUGUGCUACUGGAGGACCGAGGGCACAGUCCUCCAGACAGGAGGUGGCGCUGUUCCAGACCCUGCAGGAGGCUCUGAGGGAGAUCGACCUGCCUGAAACACAGGACCUGCCACAGGGUAUGAGUCACUCUGAGAUGUGCAUCUGUGUUUUGGGAUCCCCACUCCCCUACCUCUCUCUGCUGUUAGAGGCAGGCCAACGGAGCCCAGGAGAUGCUCUCCUGUGUCUCUGUCCAUCCUGGCUCUCUCGCUCCUCCUCCCUCCUGGUCCACAAGGCUGUCACCUUUGACCUGGGAGGGCGCACUUUCCUAUCCAACUUCAACCCGCCUCGCAGGGUCACCUACUUCCUGUCAUCUGACCCGUGGGCUAAGGAGGAAAUGACCCGAGAGACAGACUGCCCAAGCGGAGGUUCUGGAGCACUGGGUCAGUUCUGGGGGAAUGUUCUGACCACCAGGGUUCUGCUGCAGAAGGCCAAGAUCCACUGCCCCCCAACCCUGGCCCUUCUGUUACCACCGGGGCAGAUGAGGCUGGAGGAGGGCAGGACAGGAGGGGUGGAGGUGGUGCACCUGGAAAUGGGAGCGGAGGAAGGGAUGAACUCUGUCAGAAACAAGGUGGACACUUUCCUGGAGUCUGACAAUAUGAGGGGAUCAGAGAGGGUGGUGCUCAGGUGCAGUGGUGGGAGGUUCGUGGGCGAGGCAACCUCACCCCCUGUCUACCUGUCGAGGAACAGCAGGGAUGAGGUCUGGGCCAAGGUGAGUUAUCUCCUGCCCCAACUCCUCCCUGGAGAGGCAGUGCUGCUCGAGGCCUACUGCUCCCCACUGAAGCCUGGGCCACGGGUAGAGGACCGCACCUGGGAACAGUACACCGACUGCAGGCCUCAGGUUCCAGACCUGUCCUUCAGACUGUGUGCCAUAGUAACUCGCUCACCUCUGGACCUGCCUCUCCUCUACAAGUUGGUGUGUAGAGUGGGUGUGUCCGACGACCCUCUCUCUCACAGCCACUCCCUCUCUCAGUCUUUGGAGACCACCCUAUUAGAGUGCGGUUUCACUGACCCUACCAUGGCGAAAUCUCUCUGCCGUCUAGCACUGGACACCGCCCUGUCCUGCCUCUGUGUUGUCAUGGAAACAGAGUCAAGCAUGUCCGCAGAACAACGCGGUGGAGCGGGUGCCCAGACCGACAUGAUAGGCGUGGACCUCCUUUUCACCAUGGAUGGCUCCAUCAUCAGGCCUGUUAUUUUGGGCCUCCAUCCCUCCCUCUGUCUCCACUCCUCCUUCCAAGAGCGAGGGAUGGGGAUGGAGGGAUGCGACAGUGGGAUAGAGGGGUGGAGUAGGGGCACCCUCCUCCUCACCCCUCUCACCCGCUCCCAGUACUACCUGAUGCAGGGGAAAACUGUGCUGGUGGUGGGAGCUGGAGGACACAGUAAGAAGUUCAUCUGGAAAACAGCCAAACAGUACAAACUCAAGAUCCUGCUGGUGGACAGUGACCCUGCCCACUUCGCCUCCCAGUUGGUCGACCACUUCCUCCCCCUGCCAGACCUCCCUGACCAUCGGCGUGACGACCAGCACUGCUCCCGCAUCUGUGAUUGGCUGUUGUCCUCCAGCCUCCGCCCUGACGGCUGCGUGUGCUUCUGGGACGAAUGCGUGGUGCUGACAUCGCUGGUCUGUGAUAGGCUGGGGCUCAGGGGCCCUCCCCCUGAGGCCAUCCGCAUUGCGAAGGAGAAGAGCCGCACCCACAGGCACCUCCUGGGCCUACUGAAGUCUACGGGGACUAACCUGAUCAGUGUUGAGCAGCCCUCCGGUCAGCCAGAUAGCCUGGUUGAGUUUGGAGAGGAUGAGAGGAGAGGUAGACAGCAGAAUGGCAUGGUCAACAUGGAAGGAGAUAGCCUGAGAGCUAUGGCUGAUUUCGACAGGGGGGAUCUCUUCAAUGAGGCAAUGGGCAAACACGACACUACCGCCCCUACCUCUUCCUCCCCCUCACUCUCCUCUUCCUCCUCACAUUCCUUUGGCACUUUCCGUCCCUCCACUCCUCUCCUCUCUCCCUCCCCUUCCUCCUAUGCUGUUCCCUGUAUCCACGUGGAGAGCACCCUGGAUCUGGAGAAGGCAGCCAGUGGGGGGGAGGGGGGGCCUGGUGGGGCCAGUGUGGGGGUGGUGAGGUUCCCAGCGGUGAUGAAGCUGGAGUACGGCGCGGGGGCGGUGGGCGUGAGGAAGGUAUGCUCUCUGGAGGAAAGUCUGGCACACUUUGAGAGGAUCGGCGGGGACCUCCGCGAGGAGACAGACUACCCUGGCAUCGGCCUGGGCUGGGGCAACGCCAUGAUCCUCAUGGAGUACGUGGGAGGCACCGAGCACGACGUGGACGUGGUCCUGUUCGAGGGGAGACUGGAGGGCGCCUUUGUGUCCGACAACGGCCCCACGCGCACCCCGGCCUUCACCGAGACGGCCGCCCAGAUGCCCUCAGGGCUGGCGCAGGACAAGCGUGCUCAGCUGAUCCGCGCAGCACACCACGCAUGCCUGGGCUGUGGCCUGCGAGACGGCGUGUUCAACGUGGAGCUGAAGAUGACAGAAGUGGGCCCGAGGCUCAUAGAGAUCAACGCCCGCAUGGGCGGCUUCUACCUGUGCGACUGGAUCCGCCAGCUGUAUGGCGUGGACCUCCUGAUGGCGGCCUUCAUGGUGUCCUGUGGGGUGCGUCCCUGCCUGCCCUCGGCCACAGCCCUCCCAGCCAGAGGCCACUUUGCUGGGGUGAUGGUGGUGGUGUCACGGCACCUCCAUGCUCUGAGGACCACAGCCAGCCCUGAGCGCCUGAGAGGGCUCCACCAGGAGGGGGCGUUGUGGCUGAACGAGCUGGCGGAGGAGGAUGAACUGAUCUCUGGUGAGUACGAGGAGCCCUUCUGUAAUGUCGGGGUGAGAGAUGCCCACAAUGCCACCAACGCUCGCCAGCGCCUCCUCGCCCUCUGCCAAGGGCUGGGCCUGCACUGUCCUCCACGCUACGACCUGGGCUACUUCCUGUCCCAUUUCAACUAGACAGGAACUCAGGGGGGAGAAGCAGGGUUUGUUCAGGAGGGUGCCACAUUUACAUUUGAAUCACAGAUCAAAAUAAUACAAAGAGCUGAAACGAUUCCUUACUCUGCAGAAUUAUAUAUAUUAUAUUCCUGCCUGAAUGUUUGUUCAUUACAUUGGACCCUUCUGAAUAUAACCCAUGUUUAGCAAGGUUGUGCUGUGUGCAGGGGUUAGUUUAGUUAGCUUAAAAGGUACAUCACAGGAUGAACAAACACUUCUCAUAUCAAAACAUAAUAUGUUAUCUCAAAAUUGCAAAUUCAGGGACUAAUCAUUCAGGUAGCAGAACCUUUCCAUUUUUAGCACUUAUAUUUUGGGGACCAUCUCAGGAAUAAAAUACAAGUUUCAAAAAGAUAUCUUCAUCAGUGAUUGGGUAGAAUAGGAUAUGGGUGUCUAUCUAUCUUGAAUUUAACAUUCAAAUAUGGAAAAACUUAUGGAAAAGCUUCUACUUUUCAGUUUAUUGACAAGUCAUAAAAUAGAGGCCCUUUGUCCAAUUAUUGAAUUGGAAUUUCAGUUUACUUCCUGAAUUGACAGCCUUCAUUUCAAAUCGACCCCAACCCUGUUAUCUACUAGGUUGUGGCAUCAGCAGUCUACCUUACUACAUCAUAACGUAGUAGGCUGCACACUGUGAACACAUAGCAGUUGUUAAUAACCUGCACACUGUGAACACAUAACAGUUGUUAAUAACCUGCACACUGUGAACACAUAGCAGUUGAUUAAUAACCUGUACACUGUGAACACGUAGCAGUUGAUUAAUAACCUGUACACUGUGAACACAUAGCAGUUGAUUAAUAGCUUGCACACUGUGAACACGUAGCAGUUGAUUAAUAACCUGUACACUGUGAACACAUAACAGUUGAUUAAUAACCUAUACACUGUGAACACAUAACAGUUGAUUAAUAACCUGUACACUGUGAACACAUAACAGUUGAUUAAUAACAUAUACACUGUGAACACAUAACAGUUGAUUAAUAACCUGUACACUGUGAACACAUAACAGUUGAUUAAUAACCUGCAAACUGUGAACACAGCACUUGAUUAAUAACCUGCACACUGUGGACACAUAACAGUUGAUUAAUAACCUGUACACUGUGAACACAUAACAGUUGAUUAAUAACCUGCACACUGUGAACACAUAACAGUUGAUUAAUAACGUAUACACUGUGAACACAUAGCAGUUGUUAAUAACCUGCACACUGUGAACACAUAGCAGUUGAUUAAUAACCUGCAAACUGUGAACACAGCAGUUGAUUAAUAACCUGCACACUGUGGACACAGCAGUUGAUUAAUAACCUGCAUACUGUGAACACAUAGCAGUUGAUUAAUAACAUAUACACUGUGAACACAUAGCAGUUGUUAAUAACCUGCACACUGAACAUAUAGUAGUUGAUUAUUAACCUGCAAACUGUGAACACAGCAGUUGAUUAAUAACCUGUACACUGUGGACACAUAGCAGUUGAUUAAUAACCUGUACACUGUGAACACGUAGCAGUUGAUUAAUAACUUGCACACUGUGAACACGUAGCAGUUGUUAAUAACUUGCACACUGUGAACACAUAGCAGUUGAUUAAUAACUUGCACACUGUGAACACAUAGCAGUUGAUUAAUAACCUGUACACUGUGGACACAUAGCAGUUGUUAAUAACCUGUACACUGUGAACACAUAGCAGUUGUUAAUAACCUGCACACUGUGAACACAUAACAGUUGAUUAAUAACAUAUACACUGUGAACACAUAACAGUUGAUUAAUAACCUGUACACUGUGAACACAUAACAGUUGAUUAAUAACCUGUACACUGUGAACACAUAACAGUUGAUUAAUAACCUGCACACUGUGAACACAUAACAGUUGAUUAAUAACCUGUACACUGUGAACACAUAGCAGUUGAUUAAUAACCUGUACACUGUGGACACAUAGCAGUUGUUAAUAACCUGUACACUGUGAACACAUAGCAGUUGUUAAUAACCUGCACACUGUGAACACAUAGCAGUUGUUAAUAACCUGCACACUGUGAACACGUAGCAGUUGUUAAUAACCUGUACACUGUGAACACGUAGCAGUUGUUAAUAACCUGCACACUGUGAACACGUAGCAGUUGUUAAUAACCUGCACACUGUGAACACAUAGCAGUUGUUAAUAACCUGCACACUGUGAACACAUAGCAGUUGUUAAUAACCUGCACACUGUGAACACGUAGCAGUUGUUAAUAACCUGCACACUGUGAACACGUAGCAGUUGUUAAUAACCUGCACACUGUGAACACGUAGCAGUUGUUAAUAACCUGCACACUGUGAACACGUAGCAGUUGUUAAUAACCUGCACACUGUGAACACGUAGCAGUUGUUAAUAACCUGCACACUGUGAACACGUAGCAGUUGUUAAUAACCUGCACACUGUGAACACGUAGCAGUUGUUAAUAACCUGCACACUGUGAACACGUAGCAGUUGGUUAAUAACCUGCACACUGUGAACACGUAGCAGUUGAUUAAUAACCUGCACACUGUGAACACGUAGCAGUUGAUUAAUAACUUGCACACUGUGAACACGUAGCAGUUGAUUAAUAACUUGCACACUGUGAACACGUAGCAGUUGAUUAAUAACUUGCACACUGUGAACACGUAGCAGUUGAUUAAUAACUUGCACACUGUGGAAACAAGGCAGUGCAGGGUUGGAACAGGUGGAGGGGGAGUAAUAUUACACAUGCAGUAGGUCAGAGUAUCAUUAGCUAAAUAGUUAUAUGAAGGAAGAGCAGAGGAAAAUUGCAGAUUUUGAGGAAGGGGGUUUGAGGAGAGCAGUGGAAUAGCUGAAACAGGUGGACAGGGGUGGCGAUUGCGGAACCUUUUAAAUCUUGGCCCAGAGAUGAUGUCUGCGGGGCCAGUGCGUUUGAACUUUUGGGAAAAUGUCGAAUUUAGGAAUGCAAACUCCCAUACAUGUGAAGUUAGAGGUCAUAUGAAAGUUCAUGUCUUAAUUUAAAAGGUUGACGUGAAAUGUUGUUCCCCCAAAAAUAACUCGCUAACUAAAAGUGUAUGGAAAUGGGGAUUGAAUUCCACCACAUAUUCACACCAAUUUUUGCCCAUAAAACAAAGUGCGUUAUUUUGUAAAUGAGAAAUAAUUUGAGGCAGUUUCACCGUUGCAAUCCUCUUGACCCUCUUGACCCUGGCAGUUAAUGUCUGUAGUGUGGCAUUUGGGGUCUGGUGUCAGACUGACCCAGUAAGCAGGGUGAAACUGAGAUGCCAUACGUAUCCUGGCCACACCACACAACCCCCCCAGACAAGGUUUACAGUGGUCAAAAGGUUGGGGAUUUCCCAUAUCUUCUGUUUCUGACUAUUUGUAUAUGUAUUUCUGAUGUAACAUUUGGGAAAAUAUAGUAAACAUAUAUUUUUUUACCUUUAUUUAACUAAGUAAGUAAAGUAAGAACGACUCUGGGCCAAUAGGGCGCCUCACCAAUCACGGCCAGAUGUGAUACAGCCUGGAUUCUAACUAGAGAUUGUAGUGACACCUCUUGGACUGAGAUGCAGUGCCUUAGACAGCUGCACCACUCGGGAGCCAACACUUCUGGCUUUUACUCAAAAAGGAGGUGUGAGAGGAAAGUUCAAGAAUAAAACAUCCUAUCAAGAUUACAUCAUUAAAACCAAAGAAUAUGUCAAUGACGGUUUCAAUGAUCUGUGCCCUAUUAAACAAACACACAAUACCCAGGCCAGCGACCUACCUAAAAAAGGGCUCUACUGCAGGUCAGCAUGGGGCAUAUUAGGCUGUGAAAACAAAAUGACUAACUGCAGCCUCUAUUCAACCACAGCAGUGUGUUGUGGCUCGCCAUUUUCUCUAAACAUGUUGACAAUAAUGUUAGCUCAAUGCUCACACAAACCUAAAUGGCCAGAUGAUAUGUGUUGUUGUUGUUGUACUCAUCGUUCAGCACUUAAAACACCCAGUAAUUCACCUUAUCUUCAGCACCACUCACUAGCUGUGAAUCGAAUGGUCAUCUAUGGCUGCUUCAGGUUAUGGCAAAAGAUGAGCCUGUAGUUCCUCAUUGACAGACCGCGAAUCCUGAUCAGGACUUCAGUAGCUAAGCUGCAGAGGAGAAAGGAGAGAGAGUGUUUGAAAGAAGCUGCUUACUUAGUUAGAUCAAAGUUUUUAUAUUAUAUUGACAAGAUAGUUGAGUGACCUCUCAAACAAUGGAAAUACAUGUCCUCAAGAUGGAAGGCAAGAUUAGGUGGGACCAUUCUAGGCUGUCUAGAUGGGAUACAAUUUGUUAGAAUUGACUUUUCGUAUCAGGUUAGGAGAACUUACGCAGCAGGUUAGGAGAAUUAGGGUAAGCGUACCUACGAAGCCCACUUCUUUCUUUGGAUGUUUUUAUAUUUUUAAAUAAAAAUACAUUUCCUGCUGUUUAAUGAUGCGACUAAUUCAUAUGGUUGUUAUAUCCAUACAUUUUCCGGUUCUAAACCAGUCCAAUGUUUUAUUAUUAAAUUAUUAACAAUGUGUAAGGUCACACUAGUGGCCAAUUUCAAAGUUGCAAAAAAAAAACGUUGGUGUUGAAGCAAGUGUUGGAACGGAAAUUAUUUUCCAAUCGUUUCAUUCUGAACAGAAUCACAAUGUUUUUUUGUUUCCUUCCACUGUUCGGACCAGCAAAAUAAUGUCCUGAACCGAUUCGAACCCCCCAAAAUACUGGAUUAUAUCGUUCCUUUCUGUUCCUUUUUUAACCUGUGAAAUCAACCGUGUUUUACAUUUAGCUCAUUAAAAAUUACUUCGCCAAUCAGCGCGGAUAGAGCAGGCAAGCUAGUUGUUUACACGCGUGAUGUACAGACAACUGUAGUUUACAUCGCAAGAUGCGACUGAAAUGUUGUGGGUGGGGAGAGAGAGAGAGCAAGAGAGGGUUGAGGAGGAGUCUUGAAGCGCUGGGCAUCUUGUUAUGACAUGCAUGAUCUGAUUUAGAUCCAAGGAAUUGUACCUAGGAGGAGCGGCUUCUAUGGAGGAACUUUGAAUGUAUUUUGAGCUAGCUAGCUAACACGCUUGUGUUUGCAGAGCAGUACCAGAAUUAAAAACACGUCUUACCUUUUUGUAGUUUAUAAAUCCAAUGUGAAAUGUGAUAACUAGCAUUGAAAAAGUUGAUCCAUUCUUAUUUAGUUAUUUUAUGGUUUUCGGUUCUGUUACCUGAACUGGUUUCAACCACAGAUACAAUGUUUACAGUUACACAUUGUUUUACAAAUAUACAGUAUGUGUAACGGAUGUGAUCCGUUACAUAUGCAUCAUAAAUAAUUUCACCACAUGAGAGCAAUGGUGAACAAAGCCUUAAUAUUAACAUGUGUUUAAUCCCAGAAGUAGAAUUCUCCCAUGAAAGUUUGUAAUUUCCUGUAACGAGAAUCUGUCCACGAGAGAUUAACACAGAUUUAAAGGGAUUUUUCUGUUGACUAUAAACAAUAGCUAAUGUGGAAAUGUUUUUUCCUUAUUAACAAAGAUUUAAAACAAUAAAAAUAGAAUGAAUAUCAUGUUAUGAUUCAGCAACUAUUUUGAUUCAAAUAUAAUCAAUUCACAUUUCCUGUGUUGUGUAAAAUACAAUAAACAUUCAAAUCAA